AUGCGAGCGGUCGGCCGCAAGAUUGCAGCAAGCGCAGGGCGCCAGGGCGCCGUGGCGCAGGCCGGGGAGCAGCCGCGCCGCGGCGGCAAGCGCGACCCCGCAACGCACCCGCAGCUGGGCGCCAGCGUGCAGCCGUCGCCGGCUGCCAAGGUGCCCUGCAGGCUGGCCCUGACCCCGCUGCUGCAGCCAGGCGGUCCCGAGGCGGGCUUGCAGGAGCAGGCAGAGGCGCGGCCUGCGGCGCGGCGGCACCAGCGGCAGCAGGUAGCACCCACCUCCCCGCCACCGCCAGAUCCCGCUGGCGAGAGCGGGGACGAGGCAGAGGAGGAGGAGCAGGCGGGCAGCAGCGUCUGCAGCAGCAGCAGCGACAGCGGUGCCUUCAGCAGCGGGGCCGACAGCGGCAGCGAUCCAGAGUCAGAUUCGGAAGAGGAGUCGGGCGAGGAGGAAGGGCAGGCGGUCAGCAGCGGGGAUGAGGAGUACCGCCCAUACUUUGAUCGCCUGCCUGGCCCUGGCCGUGGCCGUGGACGCGGCGGCCGAGGCGGUGCGCAGCAGCAGCAGCAGGAGCAGCAGCAGCAGCAGGAGCAGCAGGCGGAGCUGCAGGAACGGCCCGAGCAGCGCGCCGCGGCUGGCGGGCGGGGCCGAGGCCGCGGCGGUGGCAGAGCGGGGCGUGGCCGAGGGCCGGGCCGCGGCAGCGCUGUUGCUGCCGCAGGCGCUGCUGCUCAGGCAGGGGGCAGCGAGGAUGCAGAGGCUGAGGGCAGCAGGGGCGGGGGCAAGGCCGGCUGGACCAAUGCGCUGCACAGCCGCCUCACCCAAUUUGGCCUGUCGCUCAAUGCUGAGUUCCCCGCCACCGUCCCUGCGCUGAUAGUGCUCAUGCAGCAGCGUGACCCUGGCCUGCACCAGCAGCUGCGUGCAGCCAAGCUGCUGUACAGCAACGGCAAGCGGCUGGAGACGUGGCAUGUCGGCAUGCCGCGGCAUGCUGCAGCUGCAUGCCGGCUUUGCGGCUGCAGAUCGAUUCAGGCAGGCUGCUGUGCGGGCGGAGCGGCUGGAUAUCCUCAGCACUGCCGUCGAUUGGCACAGGCGGAGUACAGCUUGGUGGAUGUGUGGGAUGCAGACCCAUUCAUCCCCAUCGUCACGGGCUUGGAGGCGGCAGAGGCGCAGGUGGAGCUCAGUCGGUGAUGGCGCCAUGCACCCAGCAACGUCGCCGGCAGCACUCCCGCCUCCCCCGUGGUUGGCGAGGCAGCGGCGCAGCACCAGCAGGAGCUGGAAGGCCGCGCCUUGUGCAUGUGGCUGCAGCACCUUAAGGAGGCAGAGCUGCAGCCACCCGGUCGCGCCGCGGCGGGCGGGGCUGGCGGCGACGGGCAGGCGGUGUCGGGAGCCGCGGCCUUGUGACCAGCCGUUCACCUCAGCACACAGCUUGCAUUGCCUGAAUGCUAGUGCUCACAUGAUUGGCUGUGACAGCUGAGACAGAG